AUGUCGACAAGCGCGGGUGGAUGGAGAGAAAGCGUGAUGAAGGAGUUGCAGCCGAUGAAGCGGCUGUCGGACGCCACCGGAAGCAUGUACAACAGAGCAAGGAACAUCUACAUGGAUGUUAAGGCCAAAAUUACCGGUGAAGACGUCAUGACAAAAGACAAGGCAGUGGAAGUGUUGAAAAGUGAACUUCACUUCCCGGAAGACAGAGCCAUCAACUUCCUGUCGAGAUUCAACAAAAACAGGGAUGUGACAGGUGGCUUGAGGGGCAUUGACGGCAACAGCAGCGCUGCAGAUUUCAAAUUAUCGGCUGUUGAGUUUAAUGAGUUUAUCCAGAAAGUAUCUGAAAUCCGUAUUUCCACCUGCCUACCUAAGUACCUACCCACUCAGAGCCAGGACAAAUGCAUGGCUUUCUGCUCCGUUUUAUAG